AUGUUAGCUACAGGCUAUACCCUUCACUCGCAUAUCGCACCAUUUCCGGGCUAUCGCCCACCGGUUUCGUUUGUGGCAGGGAUAUUAGCAGCUAUACUGUUUCAUAGUGUGGCCGUUUUAUACGGCGGGCAUACAUUUCUCGUUGAUUACCUCAGGCCUUUCAACCGAAGUGGCCCAGUGGAUUUAGAUCAGCUCGUUCCUCUCUCCGAUCUAGCAUCGGUAUUGAUCUACACACUUUUCUUGUUGACUUCCUUGGUUGUAGCUAUCAUUUACAUUACUUUAGGCGGUGAAAAUAUUUCUAGUCACCCCAUAAAUGCUUUAAUGAUCCAGGGAAGACAGUUACAUGCUCAAUGGCUUGCUGAAGCAAGGUACAGCAUUGAUCUCCAGGGAGCUGUAAGCGAAUAUACGGAGCGUUAUGGCUUUCUGCCUCCACCGUACGUUGGGUCCCCAAAUUACUUAACUACGAAACUUCAUACAUUUGUGACUAACGCUUUAUACAGGGGGUUCGGCGUGUGGUACGAAUACGCUACUAACAGGUCGUCAAUAAUUAUUGAUAACUUCGAUCAAAUACAUCAGGAUCUCCUACCAUUCCGUACUCUUGCACCAAGUACAUUGAGGCAUCUUACUAACUCUAUGGCAAGUAGCCAGUGGAAUGACAUAGCCACUGUCGUGGUACGCAAUGGUGUCGCUGAGGCCCAGCCAGGUAUAAUACCCACACACAGAUGGAUGAUAGAGGGAAUUGUCCUGAUGAUUACUCCCUUUGCGCAAUACCUACCUGAUAUGGACAUUGCAUUUAAUUUGAAUGAUGAAUGCCGUGUUUCAGUUCCGUGGGAUACCAUUCAAGAAAUCAAUCACGCGGCAAAAAAAAACCUCUCUUCUAGAGAUUAUCCCAUGAGCCAUGUUUGGUCCAAAGAUCGAUCAUUAUCUUGGGCCCUCAGUCGCGCUAAUGACCGAUUGAUGCACUCCCAUUUUACAGAGAAGUCUAGACAAGAUACGUUUCAUACCAUUGUGAGCGAGUCGUGUCCGCCAAGCUCAGCUGCUCGAACACAGUAUCAAUGGAAGCAUGAUACGCUAUGUACAUCUUGUGCUGAACCACACUCCAUGGAUCAAUUUUUGCAAGACUGGAUACUAUCUGGCGACAUCUGCCACCAGCCUGAUUUGGCAGAUUUACACGGAUUCUUCAUAGCGCCGAGCGCAUUCAAGGUGUCUCGAAAGCUGCUCCCGGUAUUUAGCCAAAGCAAAGUGUUCGGGUUUAACGACGUAUUAUACCCAAGUGCGUGGAACUACCUGGAAAAAGCGAGAUAUAAUCCUUCGGACGAAAAUCCUGAUCCAUGCUACGAAGACAAGGAAAACACGAUAUUCUGGAGGGGAACAACAUCAGAAGGCUUCAGUGAAACAGGGGAAUGGCAAGGAAUGGCUCGCCAGCGACUUUUACACCUGGCCAAUAAUAACACUAACCCUGUCUCUGUCCUACUUCCACGGCGGACUGAGGGCAUAUAUUCAUACUACACCUUUUCCCCCUCCGCAAUCUCCCAAUCCAUCGGUGCGAAUGUGUCAAUCGGUAUUGCCGAGGACGUAGCUCGAUGUGGUGGAAAAGAUUGCAGUAUUCAAAGACGUGAGCUGGGAAUCACCAACAGAGUGCAGUUCGAUGAGCAUUGGAGACACCGUUUUCUAUUUGACCUGGACGGUGCCGGCUUUAGCGGCCGCUUUCUACCCUUCCUACAGAGCAACUGUCUCCCCUUCCGAACUGCAAUUUUCCGACAAUGGUUUGACACAAGGAUAAUGCCAUGGCUUCACUUUGUACCGCAGGAUAUUAGAUUUCAUGACUUCUGGAGCACAUUGGGGUAUUUUGCCGGAGUGAGAACGGUGGAUGAAGCUGGAAAGGUCACUAAAGUUCUGAUGAAGCCUCAUCAUCGAGAAGGCAGAAUUAUUGCAAGGGAGGGUAGGAAAUGGGCUGAAGAAUCGCUUAGAAAGGAGGAUAUGGAGAUAUAUCUCUUCCGUUUAUUGCUGGAAUGGGGUCGGCUGACUGAUGAUCGGAGGGACGAACUUGGCUUUACUGGGUGA